GUUGCUUAGCCUGCUUGCUACUGUACAUGCCUAAGCGCCUCUCUGGGGCGGCGUAUGCCCGCCCAGCCCUUCUCAUACCAGCGCUGCUCCUACUUUUGAGAUUCUCACUCAUCCUCUCUCCGCUGAGUCCCUGGCUAAGGGAUGACCAUCAACUAGCAUCACCAUUGACGAGCUUCACGCGUUUAAAGGAAGGAAUCUGGUUUUUCCAGAAAGGUAUUGAUCCGUACCAUGGUGGUGUCUUCCGUCAUUCUCCGUUAACCCUCGCCCUCUUCACCCUCAUCCCACCAAUACCGUUGGUUUCCGCACUUUUAUGGACAGUAGCGGACGGAAUUGCUGCAUGGUGCCUGGCUGAGAUCUGGAGGGCACGGAUAGCACCUAGAGGGCACGAUGGAAGAGGGGUACUACUGGCAUCUCUAUAUCUUUCCAAGCCUUACAACUUCCUUCCGACCGUAGCCCUUUCUUCGUCUUCUCUCGACAAUGCUUUCUUGCUCCUUGCCCUUCGCUUCGCCGCACUGCAACAAGUUUCCCCCUCACUGAUCCUCCUCGCCGUGCUCUCCUUCUCAUCUCUGCCCUCCAUCUUGCUCCUCCCACCGCUGGUGAUGAUCUUGCUUGCCGGCCCGAAACCCACUGUGCCCCUUCCAAAGUAUAGCCCCAAGACCGCGCUGCGAAUUGUGGCCGAGUUCGCUUUGUAUAUGGUGGUGUUGACCGGGGCGAGCAGAUUCGUCGCUGGGAGUUGGGGUUGGGUGCUCCAAACAUGGGGUGCUACUGUCAUGUUACCCGAUCUUACUCCCAAUCCCGGUCUGUGGUGGUACUUUUUCACGGAGAUGUUCGAUCAAUACCGACCCUUCUUUCUUCUCACCUUUUCCUUACACCCUCUCAUCUAUGUUGCUCCAAUGUGUCUGAAGUUCCAACAUGAUCCCCUGUUUGCCUUCUUUCUUCUGCAAGGCAUCAUCUCGACAUUCAAGUCAUACCCGACUCUGUCCGAUGCUGGCCUCUACAUUUCCCUGCUCGGUAUAUUUCCGGAAAUCUAUUCCCACUUCCGCCAUCCGCUGGUCACGGCACUGCUGCAUCUUCACGCCGCCCUCCUCCUCCCCCUAUUCCACUAUCUAUGGCUUGACGCCGGUACCGGGAAUGCCAAUUUCUUCUAUGCCUCGACCCUCGUGUUCGGCUUGGCGAACGGGUCUACCAUCGUUGAAGCCCUCUGGGCAGGACUGCACAGCACGAUAGGCGAGAAGGAGGGGUGGGAGGUUGUACAGCUCUAG